CACUAUAAGAGAACACAGAUCAGGUUCACUCAGAGGGUGAACAGGGGUACACAAUGUAAUUUUUAUUCUAAUUAGUACACGUGCAUUUGCGCGUAUCGGUAAUGAACAUUAAAGCACCAGUAAGUCUCCCAGCAUUCAAUAUCUAUGAGCUACUCUUUUACCGUGAUUAAGUUCCACAAUAUUAUCGCCUUUAGUUACACGCGCGUUCCUACUCGUUGAAAAACACCGUUACGAGAGCAGGCUUCUUAUUUUCAUUCACGUUUUACUCGAUGAACUUUUAUACACGCGAAGCGGAACGUUGGAAUUUCGCCUCAACGAAAGGUGAAAUGCUUCGCAACCGAACAAUAUUUCCCCUCGAGCUAUUCCCGUCUUCAGUUAUUGAAUAGAAUUGAUAACUUACGGUCAACGCGUUAAAAAUGAAUACAACAUAAGAAUAAGUUCAUGUAGAAAAGAAGGGGUGCAAAAUAUAUGUAUAAGCACCCUUAAGCUAUACAAUAUGCAUACAAUUUACACCCUCGGUCAUCGAAACUCGUUCGAGUCGCUUCUAAAACUGUAGGUAUCAAGAGGUUUAGGAAACGACAAACGUUUCAAGCUCUGGAGAAAAAGACUCUUGCCGAUACGGCAGUGUUAACUCGUUAAUUACUAUAAUAGAAAACAGCUAGGUACUGCAUCGGUGCAUGCGCGUGACGAAAACGGACAAGGAACGGACAUAAAGCGAACUUUGACAUACUUGGUUUUUGUAGGUUCGUUCAGUCGCUGUCAGAGAAGCUUCGUUACAUUUCACCCUCGAUUUUCGCGCCCGUUAGUUCGAACGAGGCUGACAUUGUACCGCGACAAAAAAUGAAGUGCUUUGCAACUGGACGAUAUAUUCCAUCAAGUUAUUUGAUCUCGCGUUUUCCUUCCGUUACAUUAAUAAUUCAUAAAGUACGUACAGUUGGUCCGUGAUUGAAGGCGUUAAAAAUGGAUAUCACUACCGUAACGUUUUAUCAGGAUCUGUGUAUGGCAACAUAAAAGAGAAAAGAUAUCGUACGUUGAAGAGUAAAUAAAAUUCUACUCGCUAGACCUGCAAUCACGGCCGUUGUUUCCUUUUUUUCGCGACGAUUUCCUCUGCAACAACUUUGUAUUUUCGUUUGAACGAAAGUGUAGGUUGGCUGCAAUCCUCAAAGGCAUCGUGCACGUUCGCGUUAAUAAAAGAUCAAAAAGAACAAAGUCCGUAUAAACGGGAAUAAGCGUCACGCAAACUUGUCGUACGCGCAGCGAUAAGCUGUAUUUUGAAUCGGAACGCGAAGUCAAUUCUUCGACUGUCGACAACGAACGUUACUUCUUUCAACAUGAAGAUGGAAAAUGAUCGAAACGAAAGGAUCGUUCACGAUUUCAUACCGCAACAGAGAAUGCUGAGCAUACUCGGGAUUUGGCCGACGGACAUCAACGACUUCGCAUCUAUCGUUCGAUUUACUUUUGCCAUUGCGAUAGACAUCAGUUAUAUCUACAGUUUAGCCGUGGAGCUGUUUCGACGGUGUGUCAGCGUUGACGAAGUGAUGGAUGCUUUCAUUAUGCUCGUAGUCUGCAGCACCAGCAUGUCAAAAUUGUUAAUUAAUCGAAUGAACUGGAAACAUAUGCACGUUCUUAUUAACGCGGUGGUGAAAGAUCGCUCGAUCGUCAGAGAUUCCCGUCACGAACGAUUGAUAAUCAAGUACUUUCGGAAAGGGAGAGCCGUUUUCUUGGUGUUACUCUACAUGUGCUACGUAUCUGCACCCUCGCUCAUCGUUAAAACUAACUCGUUCGACGAGGUGCUGAAACAGCAGCUAGCGAAACAUCUAAUGGAUUCGCCAGAAAGCUGGAACGCCACUUCGACAAACAAUAUGUCAGUGGUGACAUGCAUAUAUGGAAUUGUGCCUUUGUAUCUCAGAAUCGGAAUCGUGGUGCUGCAAGCGAUGCAGGUAACUAUCGUGACCAUGAUCCAUUGCAGCAACGAUGGAUGGUUCUUCAGUUUGACGAUGCACCUAUGUAGCCAGUUCGAAGUUCUACAGAUGGAUCUUGAAGAAAUUGAGUUCGAGAAGCGUGACUGUCUUAAAAAGUUCAGUUUACUGGUGAAGAGACACUGUUAUCUCGUCAGGCUCGCGAACAACCUUAAACAGAGCUUCAGCACAACUAUCCUGUUACAAUUGUUGACGAGUACCCUCAUGAUCUGCGUGGAAGGUUUCGUGUUUCUGGUCAACUUAAGUACAGGAGAUAGUAUGGGCACAUUGAAAAGCGUGUUACUGAUACUCACGAUGAUUAUACAACUGUACCUAUAUGCCUACGCCGGCGACAUGUUGGAGUCUCGAGCAGAAGGUGUUGCAAAUGCCGUGUACAAAUCGUCCUGGUAUCUUGUACGAGGUAACGCGGCAAGGGGGCUGACGUUGAUGAUCCAUCGCGGACAUUUAUCGUGCCACGUGACCGCCGGAAAAUUUGCACCCAUGAACAGACUCACUUUCAAAGAAGCAAUGAAAGCUUCCGCCUCUUACCUGUCGGUUUUGAGAGUAAUGAUGAAAAUGUUUCUAGUGCUCCAGAAGCAUUUGACAAGAAUGAAGAUACCGAAGAACACAGACUUGGCUUACGCGAUGUCUCCGCUGGAGAUCGUGGCGUGGCCCCUUGGUACCUGGCCACUUCGAGAGGAAAACGCGACAGCGAUCGCGAAUUCUGCCAUUACACUCUUCAUUCUCAUAGUAAUGUUACUCAUCACGUACGUCGAGUUGUAUCUGGACAUGAGCAACACCGAAAAGGACAUGAACGCUCUUAUGUUGAUCACUUGCGGUCUCCUAGCGGUGUCUAAGAUUAUUUGUUACCGCUUUCGUGCUCCAGGUCUUAUCUUCAACUUCAACUCGGCUGUGAAAGAUUACGCCAAUCUGAACUCAGAGGAGUACCGAAAAAUCAUGCGACGACACGCGAGAAUGGGCAGAGUAGCAUGUGUUACCGUGAUAACCUUUUCGUAUUCCAGCUCGUUGCUCCUAGGUGUGCAAGCUGCAAUAGCGGGCGAUCCUGAAAGAGUGGAAGGAAACUUUACCAUACCGCGCACUCGAGAAUAUCCAGUACCUUCGGAUCGCCUUAUAACUAUCCUGGAAAUACCAGACAGCCUCUUCGUUUUCUUAAGUUUUACGUACGAAGCGUGUUUCUUUAUGUUCGCAUCGUCUACAGGUAGCGAUUCCUUGUUCUUUGCUAUCAGUUUUCAUCUGUGCGGUCAAGUAGAGAUACUGAAAGCAGAGUUUACUAGACUAAUCACCGAAAAGAAGAACUCGAUGGAGGAGUUCUAUACGUGCAUCAAGAGACACAUCUACUUGUUGGAACUAGGCGAUAUGCUGAACAAUACCAUCAGUUCGAUUUUGCUCGUGCAAAUAUUUUCCAGUUCCGUACUUAUUACCAUAACCGGAUUUCAAUUGAUUUACGCUGUGGCUGUUAAGGAUCUCACGAUAGGAAUGAAAUCGAUCGUUAUAGUGUGUAAUUUCUCACUGCAACUGUUCACGUACAGUUACGUGGGUGAUUAUAUAAAAUCUCAAAUGGACGAGAUCGGAUUUUCUUUGUACAGUUGUAAGUGGGAAAAUUUUCCAAAAGUCGUGGCGAAAGAUCUUAUGUUCGUCAUAAUGAGGGCUCAGCGCUCGUUUCAUCUAGUGGCUGGUAAACACUUCAUGGUCAACAUAGAAACUUACGCGAGUAUUUUAAAAGCCUCCAUGUCGUAUCUCUCGGUCCUUCGUGUAAUGUUAAUCACCUAACUCUAUAGUGAUACUUAGUAGUGAUAUUGUAUAGUGAUAUGGCUUUCUACGUUAUCGUAUAGAAGAGCUCAAUUCUUAUAUUAAAAGUCUUUAUUUGAUAUAUAUUUUAUUUUACAUAAGGAAUUCUUAUGUAAACGUUGAUUUAAUAAAGCACAAUGCAUCCUUACUAAUCAAUUGUUAUCAUUUUUAAUAUUGCCGGAAUGAUCGUAAGUUGUGCAAUAGAUCUUUGAUUUUUUUCAGUGUCUAAAUCCUGAUACUUGUGUAACGAAUUCCUGUUGCAUACUUUGUGGAUUUAGAACUACCACAUAAUAUUGCUGUAAAGAUUUCAAAAUAGGGCUUAC